CGACCCAUCUUGGAACAUUGCUCGUGCUCGACCUCGACAACCACACCCGUGUAUUCGCGUGCCCAUGUGAUGCAAGCGUGAUUCGUCUCAUAGAAAACAUACUUUUUCUAAGAGAAAACUCGAUUCGUACAGUUGUUAAUUUGUUUCAAUUGAUAAUUUCAUUACAGAAAAAUGGCAGAUAAUCGUUUAGAUAUAGUAAUAUUUGGUGCUACUGGAUAUACUGGAAAAUAUGUAGUGAAAAAUGCAUCUCAAAUGUGUAAGGAUCGGAAAAUAAAGUUUGGUAUUGCUGGUCGUAGGAAAGAAGCUUUAGAUGCAGUUGUUAAGGAAUUUGCCUUAGAUAUUGAGGACGUGCCUAUUAUUCUGGCUGACAUAAAAGAUGAGGAAUCUCUCAAGAAAAUGACAGAGCGAGCAAAGAUACUUAUCAAUUGUUGCGGUCCAUAUAGAUUUUAUGGAGAACCAGUUAUCAAAACAUGCAUUACUACUCGUACUCAUUAUGUUGAUGUCACUGGUGAAGAACAGUUUAUGAUUGAAAUGCAAUUAAAAUAUAACGAAGCAGCAAAAGAAGCUGGCGUCCACAUAGUAAACGCUUGUGGUUUUGACUGUAUUCCUAGUGAUUUGGGAGUCAUUUUCACGCAACAAAAAUUUGAAGGAGAAGUCAAUGCUAUUGAAAUGUACAUGAAUGUGUGGUCAAGUGCUACUGACAAGAAAGGUCCAUUAAUGAAUUAUGCGACUUGGGAAUCUGCAGUACACAGUCUGGCUCACGUAAAAGAAGUACAAGCAUUACGCAAAAAAUUAUAUCCUAUCAAGUUGCCUGAAUUCACACCGAAAUUAAAAUCAAGAAAUAUAUUGCACCGAAGCGAUGUUUCUGAAGGAUGGUCCGUACCAUUUCCGAGUGCCGAUCGUUCAGUAGCUCUUCGUACACAGCGAUUCUUAUAUGACAAGUAUAAACAGAGGCCUUCACAGGUUAAAGUUUAUGUUACAUUGAAGUCUUUCUUCGAAUUCCUGAUUAUGGCCAUUGCUGGUAUGCUUUUGUUAGUUUUGUCUCGCACAUCAUGCGGCCGUAAUUUACUUCUAAAAUAUCCGGCUCUAUUUUCAUACGGUUUCAUAAGUUACGAGAACCCGAAUCCGGAAAUGCAGAAAUCGACACAUUUUUCUAUUACAUUCAAAGCUAGUGGAUGGACUGAAAAAUUGUCUGAACCUACCGAUGAACAUACAGAUCCACCUAAUAAGAAAGUAAUCACCAGAGUCUCUGGUGAUUCUCCCGCAUACGAGAUGACUAGCAUAACAGCGAUCUUAUCGGCAACAACAAUCCUUAACGAAACUGACAAAAUACCUGACAAUGGAGGAGUAUUUACUCCCGGUGCUGCGUUCGGUAAAACAUCUCUGAUCGAGCAACUGAUAAAACACAAUAUUAAAUUCGAAGUGAUAUCGUCUACCGAGAAAUAGAGAUAAGAAAAUUCUAUAUAAUUUAGACGAAGA